UGAGUCUCUUGCCAUUUAUUUCAUCAUCGAGUACUUGGCUGCUAACGCUUCUUUUUCUAUGUGAGACGAAUUCGCUAUACGACGGGAUAGCGUACAAUUGAAGGCUGGGAUGUAACCCAAGCAGCCCAAUACUACUUGAUUAUUUCAUAAUUGCAGCUCUUGCAUCCGGGUUACUCCAAGGCUUAUUCGAGUGGAUCACGGCCAGGUUGAGCGUUAGCUGUCGAAGUCUGACUCUUGCACGAUCAAUACCGGAUCAUCAGCGUGCAGCGGCGUGGAAUUGAGUCGGGCAUGUUCUACGGACGGCGGAAGAAGAGCGUCUCAGCACACUGUACUCGGAACCUCUCGACUCCAGCUAUUACUUCGCGUCUGCUGCCCGCACCACUACACGCAGCUCAGCUAGGUUCCCAUGCACGACCUGGUAGCAACGGCGCCAUGUCAUACUCCGAUGAUUCUGAAGACAAAUUCCUUGCGAGGCUGUUGGGCGUGUCACGGCUUCAAGGCGGUGCUGCAUUUAAUCAGCCUGCAAUUUCAGGGAUCGAUAGCACCGCAACCAAGCGCUAUCAAGAGACUCAGUCCGGAUAACAGGAACCGCUGAGAAAUGGACGCUGAGAAGCCACGCUGAGUGCUUGGCUGUUCAAGACAGCCCUACAUGUGUGCUGCAAGCUCCGUGUUCAUGGGCAGGUGGUGCAGUGCGCAAUGCGUGCGACAGCGACCGUCGAUUUCAACACGACAUCCUCUGUUCACUCAGGACGCCGCUGAGAAGGCGAAGCGCAGUAAUUCCGGGAUAGGCGAGCCACAUAUGAUUGCGAUGAUUCAACAUAA